AUGGUAGACGAGUUUGCAGAGGCUACCGCGCAGUUUGUUCAGUGGCUGCCAAAGGUGGGGAUUGAGGUUGCACCCGAGGUGAGGGUGGAAGAUUUGCGUGAUGCGGGCCAGAACCGCAGCGUGGUUGCCAGCGGCGCAGUACAAGAGGGAGCCACGCUCUUUACUAUUCCCCGGAGUGCGCUGCUCAAUGUACACACGAGCGCUCUUCGGGAGUGUGCGGCUGGGCUGCCCGCUGCGCUUGAGGAGAAGAUCGGCCACUGGGAGGGACUGGUGAUGUGCGUGUACUACGAGCGCUGCGUUUUGCAGGAGCGGUCGCGCUGGUGGCCCUGUCUCCGGCUCUUUCCGGCGGUGGAGGAGAUGGACAACCUCAUUUACUGGAAUGCGGAGCAGCGGCAGCUGCUGACGCCGUCGCUGGUGGGUUCGCGGAUCGGAGAUGAGUCUGCGCGGGAGAUGCACGCGCGUGUGCUGGCCCUGGCAGAAGAGUGGGGACUCUCAGAGCUUAAGGAGAUGUCUUGGGAUGCCUUUGUGCACAUUGCGUCUGUGAUCAUGGCCUACUCGUUUGACUGCCGCCUCAACAGCGACGAGGAAGACGACGAGGAAGACGACGACGGUGCACUAGACGGCGGCACGGUCGCCGCUGACGGUUGCAUCAAGAGCAUUGUGGCGCUGGCGGAGACGCUAAACUCUGACACCCAUCUGGCCAAUGCCAACCUUACCUACGACCGCGACCAGCUGAAAAUGAUUGCCGUAAAGGACAUCAAGGCAGGGGAACAGGUUUAUAACCUCUACGGUAGCUACUCGAAUGCCGAACUACUGCGUCGUUACGGCUACGUGGAAUGGACGGGCUCCAAGUACGAUUACGGCGAAAUCGAGCUCUCUGCGAUCCGUGAAACUAUCUCAAAGGAGCUUGCCGUGCCAGACUUCCCGUUCGAUGCUGUGCUAGCGCUGCUCGAAGAUAAGGACGGCUGGGCCGGUGAAUUGUUCGACUACAAUGAUAUUGUAGAGGAGAGCUAUGACUGCUACGCAGACGGAGAGCUCGCCCCAGACGGGGCGUUCCUCGUCCAGCUUUUGGUUGCCUUAGCGCAGGUUCCCCGCGCUGCGCUUGGGAAGGGUAGCACGCUCAGCGUCCGCACCCGGAAAAUCUCCAAGAAAGUGAUGCAGUUACUGGAAAGUGGCCGCAUCACUAGGAAAGCCGCUGACGUCCUAGAGAGCGUCAUCCGCGACAGAAUGCAAGCGUACCCUCCCCACGCAGCCGUCUUUGACGGCCAGAAACCUACUGAUCUACAGGCCAUGGAUCCUGCACCCCGCAGGGAGGCGAUGGCACGCUGUGUGUUGCAGUGCGAGGUGAAAGCGCUGCAGAAAUGCGCGCUAGCAAUCAGCUCCAACUAUAAGAUUAUAUCGGACGAUCUACUUAUGGGCAAGUUACUCAACUGA